GCCCUAGUCAAUCAACAGAGCCAUUUUGCCUUUGGAUUGUGGAGCACACAACACCCAGAUCCCACCCCCCCCCAACCCCCAACGAUCCAUUCUGUACCAGGCCACAGAACGCAUCUGGCUAUACCCACCCAGGGUGUAGUGUUGCCUGGUGGCUGCCUGCUUGGUUGUGGGGAGUCAGGGACAGUGGAAGAGCUGAAACAGGGCUGUGGAGAAGCUGGACUGGAAGCAACAAGGAGCCACCCAGCAGCCCAAAAAACAGAAGCCUCACUGACCUGUAAACAUACAAAAGGCUCGGACAGAGGAGCAGUCGGACCCCUUUCCCAGCCCUCGGCCUACUCUAAGCGCCCAGCAAAUGGCAGGCGCCUCGGUGAAGGUGGCGGUGAGGGUCCGCCCCUUCAACUCCAGGGAGAUGGCCCGCGACAGCAAGUGCAUCAUCCAGAUGAGCGGGAACACCACCACCAUUGUCAACCCCAAGCAGCCCAAAGAAACCAAAAGCUUCAAUUUUGAUUACUCCUACUGGUCCCACACCACUCCGGAAGACAUCAACUAUGCCUCUCAGCAGCAGGUGUACAGAGACAUUGGGGAGGAGAUGCUGGAGCAUGCCUUUGAGGGUUACAAUGUUUGCAUCUUUGCCUAUGGCCAGACUGGUGCUGGCAAAUCCUACACAAUGAUGGGCAAACAGGAGAAGGACCAGCAGGGCAUCAUUCCACAGCUGUGUGAAGACCUCUUCUCCAGAAUCAACGACAGCAAUAAUGACAACAGCAUGUCUUACUCUGUAGAGGUGAGCUACAUGGAGAUCUACUGCGAGCGUGUGCGGGACCUGCUGAACCCCAAGAACAAGGGCAACCUCCGGGUGCGAGAGCACCCCCUGAUGGGCCCGUAUGUGGAGGACUUGUCCAAACUGGCUGUCACCUCGUAUAAUGACAUCCAGGACCUCAUGGACUCUGGAAACAAGGCCAGGACUGUUGCUGCAACUAACAUGAAUGAGACCAGCAGUCGCUCCCACGCUGUGUUCAACAUCAUCUUCACCCAGAAGCGGCACGAUGCUGAGACUGAUAACACCUCGGAGAAGGUGAGCAAAGUCAGUUUAGUUGACCUGGCUGGAAGUGAAAGAGCCGACUCCACAGGGGCCAAAGGAACCAGACUGAAGGAAGGUGCAAACAUCAACAAAUCAUUGACCACAUUAGGAAAGGUUAUCUCUGCUUUGGCUGAAGUGGACUCUGGUCCAAACAAGAACAAGAAAAAGAAGAAAGUUGAAAGCUUUAUUCCUUACAGAGAUUCUGUGUUAACUUGGCUUUUGAGAGAAAAUCUGGGUGGGAACUCCCGCACUGCAAUGGUGGCAGCCCUCAGCCCAGCGGACAUCAACUAUGACGAGACCCUCAGCACCCUCAGGUAUGCUGAUCGGGCCAAGCAGAUUCGCUGCAAUGCUGUCAUCAACGAAGAUCCCAACAACAGGCUGGUCCGCGAGCUGAAAGAGGAAGUAUCGCGACUGAAAGACCUGCUGUACGCCCAAGGCCUUGGGGACAUCAUCGAGACAUAUCGGGGUCCAGGCACCGAGAUCGCGGGUUUGAAACACUUAUCCGAUUUCAAGAACAAUAACAAUAAUCGCCAAGCUGUCAAUCAAAGGGGUGAUCUCUCCACAGUGACCAAUGCCAUGACGGGGAUGAGUCCCUCCCCCUCUCUCUCCGCCCUGUCCAGCCGAGCUGGCUCCAUCAACAGCCUGCACGACCGCAUCAUGUUCAGCCCGGGUAGCGAGGAGGCCAUCGAGAGGCUCAAGGAAACUGAGAAAAUCAUUGCUGAGCUCAAUGAAACUUGGGAAGAGAAGCUGCGUCGGACAGAAGCUAUUCGAAUGGAGAGAGAGGCUUUGCUGGCAGAGAUGGGCGUGGCCAUGCGGGAGGAUGGUGGCACUGUGGGUGUGUUCUCCCCAAAGAAGACCCCUCACCUGGUGAACCUUAAUGAAGAUCCUCUUAUGUCAGAGUGUCUUCUGUACUACAUCAAAGAUGGGAUCACAAGGGUGGGCCGUGAAGAUGCUAGCAGCCGCCAAGACAUUGUUCUGAGUGGGCACUUCAUCAAAGAUGAGCACUGCACCUUCACCAGUACUACCAACAACCUUGGAGAAGUCGUGGUGAUUCUCGAGCCUUGUGAGGAGUCAGAGACCUAUGUCAAUGGAAAGAGGGUCACUGAACCUACCAUACUCCGAUCAGGGAACCGUAUAAUCAUGGGGAAGAGUCAUGUCUUCCGCUUCAACCAUCCAGAGCAGGCCAGGCAGGAGAGGGAACGCACUCCCUGCGCCGAGACCCCGGCUGAGCCUGUGGACUGGGCCUUUGCACAGAGAGAGCUGCUGGAGAAGCAGGGCAUCGACAUGAAACAGGAAAUGGAACAGAGGCUGCAGGAGCUGGAGGACCAGUAUCGCAGGGAGCGAGAGGAAGCCAACAACCUCCUGGAGCAGCAGAGACUGGAUUAUGAAAGUAAGCUGGAGGCCCUUCAGAAGCAGGUGGACUCCUGCUGUUACCCCCUGGAGACCACUGAGGAGGAGGAAGAGCCAGAAGAGGAAGUGCAAUGGACAGAGCGAGAGAUGGAGUUGGCGCUGUGGGCUUUCCGCAAAUGGAGGUGCUACCAGUUCACAUCCCUGAGGGACCUUCUCUGGGGCAAUGCCAUUUUCCUAAAGGAGGCCAACGCCAUCAGCGUGGAACUGAAGAAAAAGGUUCAGUUCCAAUUUGUGCUUCUGACCGACACCCUGUACUCGCCACUCCCGCCUGACCUCCUGCCCCCCGACGCAGCCAAAGACCGGGAGAAGCGGCCCUUUCCGCGCACCAUUGUGGCUGUGGAGGUUCAGGACCAGAAGAACGGGGCGACUCACUACUGGACUCUGGACAAACUCAGGCAGAGGCUUGACCUGAUGCGGGAGAUGUAUGACCAUGCAGCCGAGGUGCCCACCAGUGCCAUUGAAGACUGUGAUAAUGUCCUGACAGGCGGAGAUCCUUUCUAUGACAGAUUCCCCUGGUUCCGUCUGGUGGGCAGCACCCCCAUUUUCAACACAUGCAUGAGCGAGCGCAUGACAGAUCUCACCCCCUCCCCCACCCUCUCCAACCCCGACUCCGACAUAACCGAGCUCGCAGAUGAGCGGCAUGAUGGGAAGGUGGAGGAGGAGGAGGAGGAGGAGUUGGAGGACCUGGAAGAUGAGAUCUUUUUGGACGACCCAUGUUCGGAGCUGGGGGGAGAUGAGGGAGAGCACUGCCCAGGCUCCAGCGAAGGCCAGGACCCCUUUUACGACCGCUCGCCUCUAUUCAGUGUAGUGGGAAGGGCCUUUGUGUAUCUCAGUAACCUGCUGUACCCUGUGCCCCUGGUGCAUCGCGUGGCUAUCGUGAGCGAAAAGGGAGAGGUCAAGGGAUUCCUGAGGGUAGCCGUUCAAGCCAUUUCAGCUGAUGAAGAAGCCCCAGACUAUGGUUCUGGUGUGCGACAGUCAGGCACUGCCAAGAUCUCCUUCGAAGACCAGCAGUUUGAGAAGUUCCAGACGGAGUCCUGUCCAGUAGGAAUGUCUCGCUCGGGGACGUCCCAGGAGGAGCUGAGGAUUGUGGAAGGAGAGGGGCAGAAUUCAGACUCAGGUCCCUCUGCAGAUGAGGUCAACAACAACACAUGUACAGCUAGCCCUGAGGACCUUGACAGCCCACUGAAAACCACCACAGACGGACAGCUGGAAGGGUCUCUGGAGCACCUGAGGAUUGGCAGCGUGUUCACGUUCCGUGUGACCGUCCUGCAGGCCUCCAGCAUUUCUGCAGAGUACGCAGACAUCUUUUGUCAAUUCAACUUCAUCCAUCGUCAUGACGAGGCCUUCUCUACGGAGCCACUCAAAAACACUGGGCGUGGGCCACCACUGGGUUUCUAUCACGUGCAGAAUAUUGCAGUGGAGGUGACCAAGUCCUUUGUGGAGUACAUCAAGACCCAGCCUAUUGUUUUUGAGGUGUUUGGACAUUACCAGAAACAACCAUUCCCACCACUCUGCAAAGAUCUUAUCAGCCCUCUGCGGCCCUCAAGAAGGCAGUUCCCCCGAGUGAUGCCUUUGUCUAAACCAGUGCCUGCCACCAAGCUGAGCACCCUGACCCGCACCACCGCGGGGCCCUGCCACUGCAAGUACGACUUGAUGGUCUUCUUCGAGAUCUGCGAGCUGGAAGCCAAUGGAGACUAUAUCCCUGCCGUAGUUGAUCACAGGGGAGGCAUGCCCUGCCAUGGGACGUUCCUGCUGCAUCAGGGCAUCCAGCGGAGAAUCACGGUGACCAUCGUGCAUGAGACAGGGAGUGACAUUGAGUGGAAAGAGGUCAGGGAGCUGGUUGUGGGACGUAUCCGCAACACUCCUGAAGCUGACGAGACCAUCAUUGACCCCAACAUCCUGUCCCUCAACAUCCUGUCAGCAGGGUACAUCCACCCAUCGCAGGAUGACAGACAGUUUCUUGAUUCGGAUAUGCCUAGCAUUUCGUUGGGAAUUGAUCAUAGGACCUUCUAUCGUUUCGAGGCAGCCUGGGACAGCUCCAUGCACAAUUCCCUGCUGCUGAACCGUGUCACCCCCUACGGCGAGAAAAUCUAUAUGACCCUCUCCGCUUACCUGGAGAUGGAGAACUGCACCCAACCGACAGUGAUAACCAAAGAUUUCUGCAUGGUGUUCUACUCCAGGGAUGCCAAAUUGCCGGCAUCCCGCUCCAUCCGAAAUCUCUUUGGUAGCGGAAGCUUGAAAGCAUCAGAGAGUAACCGUGUCACUGGGGUGUAUGAAGUCAGUCUGUGCCACCAGGCCGAUGCAGGAAGUCCAGGCAUGCAGAGGCGGCGCAGGAGGGUCCUGGACACCUCUGUGGCCUACGUCCGCGGCGAGGAGAACCUGGCUGGCUGGAGGCCCCGCAGCGACAGCCUCAUUCUGGACCACCAGUGGGAGCUGGAGAAGCUCAGCCUGCUGCAGGAGGUGGAGAAGACCAGGCACUACCUGCUUUUGAGGGAGAAACUGGAGACCACCCUCUUGAUUGGCCAGGAGUCCCUGUCAUCCUGCGGAAGUGAAGACCUCAGCGAUUCCUCCCAGUCCUCCUCUGACAGCAGCCCUCCUGGGCUUGACCUCACCCCCGAGAGCCCCAAUGAGAGGCAAAGAGAGCUGGCCGCCAAGUGUCUGCGGCUCCUCACUCACACCUUCAACAGAGAAUACAGUCACGUGUGCGUCAGCGCCAGCGAGAGCAAGCUGUCUGAGAUGUCUGUGACCCUGAUGAGGGACCCUUCAGCCUCCACUCUGACCAGCACCAUGACCCCCUCUUCCACUUGUCCCUCACUGGUGGAGGGACGUUACGUCAACACAGAGCUCAGAACCCCCGAGGUGCGCUCUCGCUCUGCCAGCCCUGACCCUGAUGCCCUCCAGGAUGGGGAAAUGAAAAAGUCCCCAAGUGGAAGCCUGGAUCUGAAGAGGAGAGUGCGCUACUUUGUCCCAGACAUCCAGGAAAUCCGUGUCAGCCCGAUUGUGUCAAAGAAGGGUUACCUCCACUUCCUGGAGCCUCACACUAAUGGCUGGGUGAAGAGAUAUGUGGUGGUGCGCCGGCCAUACGUCUAUAUCUAUAACAGCGAGAAGGACAGUGUGGAGAGAGCCAUUCUGAACCUGUCUUCAGCACAAGUUGAGUACAGCGAAGACCAGCAGGCCAUGUUGAAGACUCUCAACACAUUUGCAGUCUGCACUGAGCAUCGUGGAAUUCUGCUUCAAGCCAGCAAUGACAAGGAUAUGCACGACUGGCUGUAUGCUUUUAACCCACUCCUUGCUGGAUCCAUCAGAUCAAAGCUUUCCAGAAGAAGAGCUGGCCAGAUGAGGAUCUGAAAUGGUCACAAUCCUCUAUCCCAACAAAUCUUACACAAAGGAAAUUAAUGAAAUAGAAAACAAAGACUAACCAUGUAUAUAGAUCACCUGACCUAACGCCCAACCCCUGUGCUGUUUCAGUCCCUCCUGUAACCUGCCUGCUGUUGCACACGCUCAGUUUAUCACAACCAAAUCAAGACUUUAAUGCAAAGCCCAAUGACUCCCAUCUUUGCAGUGUGUCGGGCUCUCUGUUGCUGAUGGGCUAUCAUCACAAUAUAAUUUUCCAGUGCAACCAGGCCCUCUAUUACUGGAAUAUUCCCAGAUCAUAGAAGUGAAAGAGGUAGUGAGGAGUGGUCUCUUGCCAGUUCCUUGUUUUUCCAGAAUAGCUGCUCUUAUUCAAUUCAGCAACACAUUGUGUUGCAUUCUCAGAACAUUGUACGUUAUAUAGUUUCAGUUUAUGAUAAUAUUUAUUUCUCCAUGCAAGCCAGCCCUGAUUCUAUUACUAUAUUUCAAUCAAAUUGAUUUUUUUGCCCAUGAAAUUCAUAUUUCAGCUUGACAAAUAGUGCAUUGAAAGAUGAGACCAAUGUCACGUUAGCUUCCAAGUCUGUGUAGCUAUAUAAUGUUGAAGAUGUGGUGUCUUCACAGCACCUAGGUCAGUGUUAAACACCAAGUAUUUCCCAAUGAAUGGUCCCAGUUGAGUUCCACUUCAUAGGUUUAACUUAAUCCACUGAGUUUGUGGCUUCAUGGGUAACACAGCUGCUAUAAAAAGUUGUUUGUGUUUUGGUAUAUGUAUGUGGGAGGGUGAAGGGGUAAAAUGCACUGGAGUUUUAAAAUCAAAUCUUUUGGUAUUACGCUCAUAGCUCGUCUUUGUCAUGGUUGCACUUGUAAAGUAGGAGGUGUGAUUUAAGUUUCAUUUUCUCCUAUGGGUGCGGUAUCACAGGUUUACUGUACAUGGUUUGUCACACCUAAAUGUCAAUAAUGGUGAAGAUGACCUUCCUUUUGAAAAACAUUUACCACUGUCUGCUUGUGUGGCCUCACUUGGUCCUGGUUUGGCUUAGCUGGCUUCUUACUUGCUAAACUUCAGAUUCCUCAGUCAAGAGGUUUUAAAGUUGCUUAACUGAGCUUAUGUCACAUGAAAAUAAUCUUUUCCCCGCUCUUUCCAAAUUUGGUUUGCACAUCAUUUUUAAAAUCCUGUUAUUUAUUUCAUCAUUUAAUUAUUUAUUUAUAGAAACAUUUAUAUUUUUACUAAACUAGAAGAGAAUUUCUGAAAUAUUGCACUUUCUUUGAGAAAUUUCCUUAAACCUUAUUUGCAGAACAGCUCUUGUAUUUGUGCACAUUAUCUUUCAACCAGAAACUCAAGUUUGGGAUUCCCAUAUUAGCGUGUAUGAAAUGAUCUGAUUAAGCAGCUCAAUGCUGUAGUACAGGAACUGAAAACCCAUUAGCUGUCCAUGUAUAAAGCUCUUGCAAUUGGUAGAGAGAAGGUGAGCACUCACUUGUAAGGAUGUCUGUGACAUAACAUAAGCCUUAUUGUACACUACAAAAGCUUACUUCAUUUCUGUUUUGUGCCCACAGAUAAGGAAAUGUGCAUAGAGGAUAAUAACCAAAAAUUGAAUAUUUGAUCUUUAUACACUAUUCAUUCACUGAAUUUGAUUACUUACUGAAGCCUCCCUGUUUGCACAACGAAUGCUCCAUCACAUCUUUAAAGGUUGUGUGUGGAAGUGUUGUUUUACAUUGGGCAAUCCAUGUAGCCCCUCCUUUAUCUUUCACAGAACCUCCAGUCAGUUUAUCAUGCUGCCACAGUAUGUUCAGCUUCGUUUGUUCACAUUGACUCUCUAUGCCCAUUAUCUUGGAUCACAUAGAAGGAAAAAUAUAUGUAAGGCAAUGUUGGUUUUCCUCUGUAUAAAUGAAGUGUACAUGUUGCACGCUUACUGUGCCUGUAUGAGAUGUCACUAUUGGCAUUUUAUAAGCAUAUGAUAAAACGACUAGCAGCAUUUGUAAUUUUAUACAUAUUGCACUAGAAACGUAUCAUCUCAUGUAUGCAUCCUAGUUUUAUUCACUGGAAUGUAAGGAGCAUUCUGGUUCUAUGAUUAGCACCUUAUGUGUAGCUUCUGAGUGCUGGUUUCUGCUCUGCACAGGUUCACAGCAGGCCUUCGUUUAGCAUGGUUUUGCAUUUGUCAGUUUUAAAUGCACCUUUUGUGGAGCACUUCAUUACACCACCCUAUCUGAGGAGGUAGCUGAAGCACUGAGUCAGAUCCCAGCCCCCAGCCUGAUUUCCAUUCCUUCAUGGUGCAUAACAAACCUCCGUGAUUGAAAGAGGCCUUUGCCUUGUUCAAGUCCAUUAGGGUUUGCCUUAAAGCUACCGGAAAUAUCUUUUUUUUUCAGAUAUCGCUUUCAGGCAUUUUUAAGACCUAUUAAUCAAGACAACUAAUUUUAUGGUUUGCACAAUCAUCAUUAAUCAACAUGAAAGAAUAGGAGAGAAACAUGAAAAAUACAGAGAGAUAAGUAAAGGUAUGUUAAGCAUAUGAUAGUAUACACUUAAUGCAAAUAUAUAUUGGGUGAGAAAACUCCUGCACUGUUAGUAGAGUGAGACCUGGCUCAAACGCAGGAAAGGGGUUAAAGCUAGAUGGUAUACUUAACCGCAGAAAAUAUCACAAACCUGAUUUUCUAGAGGAGGUCAUGAUUGAGAGCAGUUACUGUCAUGCACUUCCUAUUAUUUGUAGUUUAUUCUCGACAAAACACCUUUCUGAAUGAUUGUAGUCAACAAGAAUCUCAGAGAGAAUGCAUCUCGUAAAUGUGAUCCAUUGAUCAAGUUGCUUAACGUGAAUAUAACAAUGCCCUUGAGCCUCCACUUUUGCACUUUGUAGGUGACCAAAAAUUGAGAAAUCGUUUCUAAAAAAUGUUGUAGCUUGUUUUGAUCUGGUGUACAGUACAAUGUUCACGCUCAAUAUCACAUGAAGACUCUGUAAUAACUGUCCAUGCCAUCUUGGUAACUGUGGUAAGAGGAAGGUUAUUUGGCUUCUGAGUAGAUUCCCGAGGCAGUGCAGAGUGGAACAUCAUUCCAAUCCUCAGUUUUUCUCUCUCUCUCUUUUGUCUGUGUUCAUAUUUAGGGUAUAUUUUUAUAUCUGAUGUUUUGAAUAUUGCUCUCGAGAGCCUUAUUUUGCAGGAAACAUCUUGAAUACUGAACAUGCCCUUGGUCUGCCAAUCAUUGGAGCAUGUGUUCCUGAGUGUUCUGAUACUGUAGGUAGAACUCCGUUGAGCUGCAUGGUGGAAUCUUCCAGGUGUUCUAUACAACCCUGGAGGCUGAGGAGCAUGCCUGGGGCCAGCCAACCCACAGAGCAUGCAGAGUUGUGAGCCAGCCUGAGAACACUACUAGCUGUCUCUGAGAAAUGUAUGUCAAGAACAUCAGAAAAGAUUAUAAGCAAAGCUUGUGCUGAGCCAUAAAAUAAUUAUUCUAUACCUGCUGGAGAGCUAUCACUCCACUAUCUAAGCAUUAAGUAUGUUAGGUUUAAAGUGAAUACAGUAAUUAAAAAGCAACUGAUUCAUUUAGUAUUUUACAGUAUUCAGCAGUACAGGACGUUGUUGCUGGAGAGCAUUGGUUUUCUCAUUCCAUUUGCCACAGUUUCUACUGUGUCCAGAUCAAUGCAGUACUGUGUAAGAAAAAUAAGCCUACAGUUUUAAAUAAAAGCUUCUUUACGUAGUUUCUUUAGGAUCAAAUAAUACUUUAUUGAUCAAACUGUCCUGCUUGAGAUUCGGAGGACAUAAUUGAAAUAUUGUAAUGAUAAACACUAUUGCUGCCCGAACAAGUUACAGUAUAUCACUGUGACAGUAUGGGAACAGCAGCUGCUCAGUAUAUUCCUGAACAUCUCCGCUAAACUCUUAAAGUACCUGACAAUGAUGGAUUACCAAGAUGUGCAUUCCCUUUAUUGAAAGGAAUAACUUUACAGCAGAACAUAACUGUAGAUGGAAGAAGAGCCUUCUGAAUGGCUUUCAGAUAAACCCCCAGCAAGGAGAAGUAUCGAUAUCGGGGAGAAUGGAAAUAUUUUUAGAUGGGUUUGCUCAGUUUUUGGUCAUCUCAAAAGAAAGGUUUGCAAUUAGUAAAAGAAUACAAUAGAGUUACUAUUCCCCUGCUUUGUGUUAUUAGGAAAUGUAUAUAUUGUUUCAUCUUACGGAUAACAUGUAAGUUUAUUUUAUGGAAAAAGGAAAAAGACACUGCAAGGGCUGCGGAAACAGUGUUACCAAUCCUUUAAGCUGUGAAAUGCAUUUGUCCCAUAAAAGAGCUGAAUAGAGUGUUUGAAUAGCCCAAGGCUGGUGCAGCGCACCACGAACAGCACAGGACAAGAAUAUGCUGAUUGAUAGACGAACUGGAUUUUCAUUAGCAUAGCUACCUUUAUGAGAUGGCGUUUUAAUCAGAACUGUAGUUUUUUACAUUUAAAAACUACCAUUCUGCUUAAUUUUUCCUUUCAACCUCUGAUGGGAGUUUGAAAACAAAUGUCAAACGUGUAAAAUUUAGUUGGCACUCGUGCUUUUGUGGAAUUUGUUUUCUUUACAGAAAGGGAAGCUGACAAUUUCUGAUGUUCCAAAGCUGUGGCAGCAAAAAAAACCCCGAAACAACAGAAAACACUUGCAGUUCAAUUCAAAUGUUGUAUCUCAAUGCUGCAUUCAAUACAAGACCAUGCUUGCAUGCAUUUGUUGAGCUGAGCAGUCCACUUACUGUAAACCUCUUUGGUUUACAUCUGAUUGGCUGUUUUCAAUGGUGUGCAUCAUGAGCCUUUGUCUGUUCCAUUGAGCACUUUGGUUCCAUGGCACUCAUUUGCCCCUUAAUAUGGAGAAGUGUUAGACUGUGAUAAUGUAAUUGCAAUUGCUAGUUCUAAUGUGGAUUUGUGUUGAUCUAGAAAAUAGUACAGUAUCCAAACCACUUCUCUCCACCUGGGACAAUAAAAUUAAGUUGGAGAAUUUGGGCUUUGUAUGUUAUUGAGCCAAAAUAUUGUUAUCUCUUUCCUCCAUGACAUCACCCACAGGAAAGCUGCCAUUUUAGGUGCAUUAGUCAAAUAAUUUCCUCUUUCUAGAUCUGUGCACUGGAUGACCAGCCCAUAUGGCUCUUGGUCAACCAUUGAUGGGCAGUAAAAAAAGAAUCACUUGCAGAUUCACUAAGUUCAUGUGGAAAAACAAUAUUGUGAUUUUGGCUGCCAUAGUUUUGAGGCAUGAGAAUUUCUGAGCUGACAUGCUGUGUAUCCUACACCCUCAUCCUAUCCUCCUCUCAUCACAAUCUCAGUGAUCACAUUCAGCGCAUCUGCCUAGAUGUUGUGUAAGACAACGACUAAAAAAAAAAAAAAGAGGCUCAUUUUUAACAUCUUAUUUCUGUGCUUCCAUAUCAGAAUAGUACCCAAGGGUUCUUCCUUAGCUCUUUUAAACAAAAUCCAUCAUCAUGUUUAUCUUUUUUUUUUUUUGCUCUGUAUAUAAAACACGAUUGCUGUGGACGAUGUAUAAUACAGCUGUAACCUGUUUGUACCAUCAUGAAUGGGCAGUAGUUUAAUUGAUGUCUCAAAACUAUCUGAGUGUUGGAGUUAAGCGUCUUCAGAUGUUUGUGUACACUUAACACAUAGUCGGAUAUUAAAUAAACGUGGAACUUAUGCAACAC